AUGGCCCCGCUCUACAAGGGCAAGCCAUGGACGCUGGGCCCAACCACGCAGCCGUCGCGCAAGGGCUCGAAGGCGAAGGUUUACACGAUUGAGGCGACGGGAGAGGUCUUCACAGACCCCAAUGAAUACAAGGCGAGAGAGAGCGCGUACAAGGAGCGCAACUGGAGCUGCGAGGUGACCGGGAAGGGCGGAAUGACGUACGCGGAGGCCCUCGCGCACGAGGAGGAGGCGCGGAAGGCGAGGACGAAGUCCUCUGAGCCGAAUUCCAAGACUAAGACAAAGGCUCGCGAAAGUGGCAAGAAGGCGAGGCCUCGCAAGGACCCCGUCGUGGCGGAGGCGCAGAAGGCCGCGGAGACCGACGCCGCCGCGGACGUGCAGUUCACCCCGGGCGGGCGCCCGAAGAAGCCGCGGAAGGGGAAGGUUGCGAAGUCGCUCUAUGUGGAUCCCCCCACCGACGACGAGGAGCACGACGCGUUCGAGCCGACGACGGAGAUGGAGAAGAAGCCCAAGGCGGGGCGCCGGGCGUACGGGUCCGGCGGGGGGCGCACCGUCGUUGGCGACGCCGAGGAGACUCUGUCGGACGCAGAGGACCGCAUCAGCCGUUUCACCUCCGGAAACAAGUACCCCGUCUUCCAGGUGUUGCGGGACGCCGGCACGGGCGGCAUGACGGCGAUGCAGAUCGGGGAGGCGAUCCAGGAGCGCGGGCUGCGCGAUCUGUCGGCCCUGAAGAGCGUGCACCACUCCAUGACGUCGGUCCUGCAGUAUGACAACGCCUUCGUCAGGGUGGGCCGCGGGCUGUGGGCGCUCCGGGCGCUCGUCGAGGGCCACGGGGAGGGGCGGCCGCGGACGGACGCGGAGCGCGGCGCGCGCAAGUCGGAGGAGGGCGAGGAGGACCCACGGCGCAGGGCCAAGCUGCAGCAGCAGCGGGCGAAGCGCCACCUCGCGAAGCACACGGCGCUGCUGCAGGAGGCGCGCGAGCGGCUGCUGGCGGCGGGCGAGAACGAGACGGCCAAGGCCGAGGCCCUGAAGGCCGUUGACGAGCAGAAGGAGCAGGUUGCGGCGUGGGAGAAGAGCCUCGCGGAGGUCGAGAAGGAGCUCGCGGAGAUGCGCGAGAGCGCCGCGUCGCGCCGCAAGGCCGAGCGCGCGUCCGACCGCCGCCCGCGCUUCCCGAUGGACGACCUCGAGUUGCACACCCUCCUGACUCAGCGCGCCAAGGACGCCGGGCAGCCCGGGCCCCCCGCGGACCUCCCCCUCCCGGAGCUGCUGCCCGCAGAGGACCAGGCGCUGCUGCCGGGCCUGCUGACGCUGACGUCGUUCCUGGACGACUGGACGGGGAUGCUGGAGGCGAGGAAGGUGCCGCUGACGAUGGCGGCGCUGGAGGAGGCGAUUCGGCACGGGGACGACGUGGGGGACGGCGCGGGGGUGCGCGGGCGCGCGGACGCGGCGAACCGGUCGAUGCAGGCCGGGCGGGUCUUCGAGCUGCUCCUGGAGAACGUCUUGGAAGACCGGGUGCACGGCGAGAACGCGGCGGAGUGCAGCCGCAUGGAGCACCGCUGGUACGACAUGCUCGACGCGGACGGCGUCUGGCCCGAGAUCCUGCGGCGAUUCCUCCUCUCGGGAGUCUGCACGGUCCUCCCGGGCCGCCAGAUCCUGGAAGCCGCCGCCGCGCUGGGCUCGAGCGCGCCCGAGACGCUCUCCGCGGAGGCGCGCAUGGCGCUGCUCGUGCACCUGACCGACGAGAUCGCGUCGGGCUCGCAGCUGCGGCAGCACAUGGACCAGCGCCAGGCCGGGCGCGAGGACGCGUGCAAGGACGUCCGCGCUGUGCUCCGGAAGCUGCGGAAGCGCGAGGGCGAGAUCGUGAAGGAGCUCCGCGCCGCGAAGGACAAGCAGGCGGCCGGGGGCGCGCCAGGCCCUGCGCAGGGCGCGGAGGGCGAGAUCGACGCGCUGAAUCAGGCGGAGGCGCAGCAGCAGGCGGUCGGGGAUCUCAAGCGCGAGCGCGAGGGGCUGCUCGCGGAGAUCGAGGCGCGCGAGGCGGACCUGGAGCGCAUCCAGCGCGACGACAAGUGGGACGUGCGGCGCGAGUGCCUCGGGGCGGACCGGCACCACCGGCGGUACUGGUACGGGAUGGGGGGGCGGCGAGACUGCGUGUGGUUCGAGCAGCAGCGGCGCGCGGAGGCGGGCGCGGCGGAGGACGGGGCGUCGCGGCGGCGGUUCAUGCGGGAGGUGGAGCCGGUGUGGGGGGUGAUCGAGGGGAGUAAAGCGGUAGAACAGGUGCUUGGGGUCGUCGACGACAGGGGCGUGCGGGAGCGGGAGCUGAAGAAGGGCCUCCGGGGUGCGCUGGAGCGCAUCAAGGCCGAGGAGGACAGGAUGCGCAUGGCCCGCGAGCAGAAGGAGCUGGAGGAACAGGAGGCGUGCGAGGCGCCGAAGGACGAGUCCGAGGAGGGCAUGGCCGUGGCGUUCGCGCCCCGCAAGAUGCUCUUCGAGGUUCGGCCGCCGGACAUCCGCCUGGCAUGUGGCAAGGCGCGCUCGACCCCGGACAUCCGCGGCGCGCUCUGCAACGUCCCGGGGGUGUACACGACCGAGGCCAUCGCGGCGGACAGCGCGCUGGGCACGAUGCGCGACCUCGCGGGCAGUCUGGCGGACGCGGGCGCGGAAGUCGACAGCGGGUGGUUGACGCGGCUCGAAAGCAUCAUCGAGACGCUGGGCGCGCGGAACCCGACGCUCGAGAGGGCGACGUUCGACGUGGGAGCGAUGCGCGGGGAGACGAUGGCGCUGCUGGUGGAGGCGGAGGGCGCGCUGAUGAAAAUGGCGGAGGCCAGUGAGCGCAUCAAGCAGAACACGGGGCGCAUCCUGGCGGCGGUGGCGGAGGAGACCGGCGCAACGGUCGAGGAGCUCAACACCGCGCCUGAGGGUGCGGGUGCGCCGGAGGGCGGUGCGAGCGCGCCGGAGCAGGAGGAGGGCACGCCGGACAAGCCGGCCGGCGGGGGCGACACCGACUCAGACGACGAGGACGGCGACGUCGAGAUGGACGGAGGGGCAGCUGAGGCCGGGCGGCAGAGCCCCGCGCAGGACGGCGCGGCGGAGCGGCAGGACGAGGAGCCGAAGCCUCCGUCGACGCCGGCGGGGAAGAGCGUGCUCGAGGGCAACCGCGCACGCAUCCUGAAGAAGCCCAAAACGUGGAAAGCUGCGCUUUUCACAGUCCUGAGCGAGGCCGGGCCGGACGGCAUGGACGUGGAGGGCAUCAUCGCGGCGGUGAGCGAGCGCGGGCUGUGCGCGGUCGGGGCGCUGAAGAACCCCAAGAGCAACAUCAACGCAACGCUGCAGGGCGACGCGGCGUUCGUUCGCGUGGGGCGCGGGCUGUGGUCCGUGGCAGGGCUCCCGGGCGUGAAGGCGUACGCGCCGACGCCGCAGGUCGCGGUGCCGAGCACCGCGGCGGAGGAGCGCGAGGAGGCGCGCCGGCUCUAUAUCGAGUCGAUGGGCGAGCUGGCCGAGGGUCUGUUCGAGCACGUUGACGACGACGAGCGCGUCGGCGUGGUCUCGCGCCGCAACCGCGGGCGGCUGUGGCGCUCGGAGCGUGAGCGCGCGUCGUGGCUGCAGGACGUCGCCGGCGCGACGACGUUCGCGCGCGUGGCGUACUGCGCGUCCGCGCUGGUGUGGUGCGCGGCGCCGAUGCUCCAGAACGCCGCCAAGCGCUUCGCGAAGCUCGAACAGAAGCGCGCAGCUCAGGAGAAGAUCUCACGGCGCAGGGCGCCGAAGCGGUACGGGGAGUACGACGACGACGAAGAGGACGGCGUGCGCGCCUCCGACGACCUCUUCGCGCCGAACGCCGAGGGCGUGAUGGAGGAGGGCAUCACGGGCCGCAAGCGCAUGCGUGUCAACUACAAGGUCUGA